CCACACCAGUGACUCACUGCACCGCUAUUUCAUUGAGAAAUGAUUUAGCAGCUCUUAUUUUCUCGGUAAUUGUAUCCCCCCAGCGGGUGAGCCAGCGCUCUGUCCUAACUCCAAAGCUGACUAUACAACUUAGGAAAUAAUAUAACACAUCGGAGAGAACCAAGAGCGUCCCAGUCCAGCUACAUUCCCCUACGGGUGUGACGCUUUAACUACAUUCCCCCCACGCCUGUCUCCGGCGCUAUUAUGACCACAACAGGCCCCACUGUUCUGCUGAGUGCGCCUGCGCCAUUUACUGUACUACGUUUGGGCGUGUCUAAAUGGAUUCAUGCUAAUCAUUACUACUCAGUUUUGUGCGCGUUCUCGCUUGAGAAAAGGCGGAAGUGACGGCGGCGGCGCGGUGCUCGGCCCCGGGAGAAUCAUCUCCCCCUCCCAGCCCGGCGCACACAGGGAGGGCUGUGUCCGGGGGCCCCGUGUUCACCAGCCGCAGGAAUUCCACCCUGCUGCUCCACGCUCACUGGUCACCAUGGCGACCAACCUGCGAAAGGGCGGCGGGUUGAUCGGGCUGGUGAAAGAUGCCUUCCAGCCCCACCAUCACCAUCCGACUGCGCAGCCGGGGGCUGUGGACCGGAAGACGGUGGAGAAAUGCUGGAAACUCAUGGAUAAGGUUGUUCGGUUGUGCCAGAAUCAAAGGCUAGCUCUGAAGAAUAGCCCUCCUUACAUUCUAGACCUGCUUCCUGACACUUAUCAACACCUUCGGACCAUUAUGUCCCGAUAUGAGGGGAAAAUGGAGAUUCUGGGAGAGAACGAAUAUUUUCGUGUUUUCAUGGAAAACCUCUUGAAGAAGACCAAACAAACAAUUAGCCUCUUUAAAGAGGGCAAAGAACGCAUGUACGAGGAAAAUUCUCAGCCAAGAAGGAACUUGACAAAAUUAUCACUCAUCUUUAGUCACAUGCUGGCAGAGCUGAAAGCUAUCUUCCCUAAUGGACAGUUCCAAGGAGAUUCAUUCCGAAUCACAAAGGCAGAUGCAGCAGAAUUCUGGCGGAAAGCAUUUGGAGAGAAAACUAUAGUCCCCUGGAAGAUUUUCCGUCUUGCACUGCAUGAUGUUCACCCAAUCUCCUCUGGACUGGAAGCCAUGGCUUUGAAAUCCACAAUUGACCUCACAUGCAAUGAUUAUAUCUCUGUAUUUGAGUUUGAUAUCUUUACCCGGCUUUUUCAGCCAUGGUCCUCCCUUCUCAGGAACUGGAAUAGUUUGGCAGUAACACACCCUGGAUACAUGGCCUUUCUGACGUAUGAUGAGGUCAAAGCUCGGCUGCAGAAAUUCAUCCACAAACCUGGGAGUUACAUUUUUCGUCUGAGCUGCACGCGGCUAGGUCAGUGGGCUAUUGGAUAUGUCACAGGCGAUGGAAAUAUUUUACAGACCAUCCCACACAACAAACCACUCUUCCAAGCACUGAUCGAUGGCUUCCGGGAAGGAUUUUACCUCUUCCCUGAUGGGCGCAACCAAAACCCAGAUCUGACAGGCUUGUGUGAGCCCACUCCUCAGGACCACAUCAAAGUCACUCAGGAGCAAUAUGAGCUGUACUGUGAGAUGGGCUCCACCUUCCAGCUCUGCAAGAUUUGUGCUGAGAAUGACAAGGAUGUUAAAAUUGAGCCCUGUGGGCAUCUAAUGUGCACAUCAUGCCUCACCUCCUGGCAGGAAUCUGAGGGGCAGGGCUGUCCUUUCUGUCGCUGUGAAAUCAAAGGAACGGAGCCCAUCGUCGUGGAUCCCUUCGACCCAAGAGGUGGUGGUAUGGCAGAAUUGCUACGGCACUGUAUGGAUGGAACCCCUUCUCCUUGCUAUGAUGAUGAUGAUGACGAUAGUGGAAAUGACUCUAUCUUUGUGAUGAAAGAAUUGGCAGGUGCCAAGGUGGAAAGACCUCCUUCACCACUGUCUGCCACCCCACAAGCCUCACUUCCCCCUGUGCCUCCCCGUCUAGACCUGUUGCCACAGAGAGCACCCAAUCAAUCUGGCGCUUGCAGUCCAGCAACAAGUUCCAAGGCUUCCAGCAGUUCACACCACAAGGAUAAACCUUUGCCCGUGCCCCCAACUCUGCGAGACCUUCCGCCUCCACCGCCCCCAGACAGACCUCACUCUAUGCCAUGUGAAAGCAGGCCUCAGAGGAGACCUCUUCCCUCUACCCCUGCAGAAAAGCCCCUUCCAUUACCCACUAAUCGACCUGGAGAAACCUGGCAUCCACGUGCUGUUCCGAAAGCACCUGCCUCUAAUUUGACUCCUGGUGACCCUUGGACUGGGGGAAGAGAGUUGACAAAUCGACAUUCUCUGCCUUUUACACUGCCUUCACACAUUGAUGAGAGGAGAGACCGACAUGGAAGCACACAAAGCUUGGACAACACAGGCAUAAGUGCCACCACAGAGUUAUUUGGAGGACUAGAUAAUGAUGAUGCCAAAAUGAAGCCAUCCUCAUCUGCAAAUGCCAUUUACUCUUUGGCCACCAGGCCACCAGAUCAGCAGACUGAAAGGGAGUCCUAUGAAACCAUGUACAAUAUCCAGUGCCAAGCUACCAAUCCAGUUGUUGUGGAGCCCAGCAGGGAAGAAGAAACAAAUUCUGCAAUAGCCAACAAUGGACCAGAGAACGAUGACAAUGAGGAAGAUGGAUAUGACAUACCGAAACCCCAUUUGCCGAUGGCUCCUGCCCGUCGCACCAUGUCUGAUGCUCCUAAUGCCACACCUGCCUUCUGCUCUGGUGCCAUUGGCAGGGACUCUGGAGCAGGGCUUUUGGAGUCUUCCCAGGUUCCUGAGCGUCCCCCAAAACCUUUUCCAAGGAGGAUGAACUCUGAACGCAGGUCGGUAGUUGGAGGAGGUUCUGGGGAUGCCCCUCCUGCACCACUAUCCAGUGAGAUUGAGAGCUUGCUGAGUCAAGGCUACUCCCAACAGGACGUGAACAAGGCCUUGCUCAUAGCCCACAACAAUAUUGAAAUGGCCCGCAACAUCCUGCGUGAAUUUGUGUCUAUCCCUUCACCGGCUCAUGUUGCCACAUAGCAUCUGUGGAACUUGGACACUCCAGCCCUAGGUGGGAAAGGGGAGGAGAGCAAGAAGAGCAUACCUCCAUCUCCUGGGCUUUUAAGCAUCACAGGAGCAACUGUGGGACCAGUGUGGGUAGUUGUGGGUACAAUGGUAUUAAGAGGAGUGAGGUGCCCAUAGUCCCUUACUGGAAGUAAACAGGGUAUGGGCGUCAGCCUGCCCAAUAACUAGAAGCAUUACAAGUAAUAUGACCCAUGGCCAUAUGAGCACUCCAUUUAGGAAUGAUCAGAUGCCCCAUCUCUCCAAUCCAUUUGCUGCCUGUCUUCUAGAAUUUCAGGUACAUUAGGCUCGCAUGGCUCUGUUUAAUGUUUUGGACACAUUGAACAUGCUGCCAGUUAAAAUAGAUCUUUGAGUUGCCCACCAAUGAGAUGAGGGAGAUCAGACGGUUAUAUAUAUUGUCAUUCAAUGUAAUGUUUAACAACCCCUUUCAUAACUGAAUGGGUUUAUUGGCACCUUUCUCUGCUGUUACAGAGGAACCUCACUCAUUGAAUGAAACUGCCUUAGGGUGAGGAACCUUUUAUCACACAGGAGUAGGUGCUUUUGACCCUAUUAAAUGGCAUUAUUCAAAAUGAGUUGGGUCUGCUCCCUUAGCCCUUUUUAAUCCUUGUUUUGCUGUUUUUCAGUUACUGUGUGUGUAUGUGUGUGUUUUUUUUUUUAACAUGUGACUCAAGGCAAUAAGGCACUCCAGGGUUUGGUCCCCCCACUCCCCAAUAUCCAGGGUGCCCUAAUGCCAUACAACUCAGGGUUAAUGGGUGUCUCCCUCCAGGAGUGGAUUAGUGGAAGCAGAAUUCUGGAGGAGGUGGGAAGAAUCCUUUUUCUAAAGGGUUAGGAUGGUUCAUGCAAGACCUAUGUUAAGUACAAGCAAGUACAUGCUUCUACAUCAGACUGAUGCUAUUUCAAGUUUCACUGCCACUUAACAUUUACUAGCAUUAAUGCAUCACGUACAGAGAAUAAAUCCACAAACAAUAUUACAGAUUGUGUGUAACCUAUAUGUGUAUAAUAUCUAUGUAUAUAAACGGGUAUUUUUAUAUACAUUAUAUAUGUGUAUGUAUGUACAUGUAAAAGCAUUUAUAGCUGCACCAGUUAUUUCAUCCCGUGUACAUAAGCACGUAAUGGCUUUCCCUACUCCAUUCUGGGGCGAGAUGAGCAACAUACUAUAUACUUUGCCAUAUUCUCACACUAAGCAGCAGAUUUAUCAAAAUUCACUAUUACUUUUCGCAAUUUGAAAAAAAGGCAGAGAAAAAACUCAAAUAUACGGAAAUAUUUUUAAAAACUCAAAUUAUUGCUUUCAAUUUUUUUUUUUUUUAAAAAGUGAAUAUUUGCAUUAAAAACCCUGCAAGUAAAAGCUCCUGCGUUUUUAUAGAAGUCGAUGGGAGUGGUCUCCAAAAUUUCAAGCUUUUUUUCUGUGAUAAGAUGCGCCUAUUCUGUCUGAGGUUUUUUCUUAAAUAUGCUAGUGCUUGAGAAUAGAAACAUGCGGUUACAGAGAAAAAGUUGCUUGAGUUUUUUUUUGCAUUUUUUCCCUUGAUCUCAAACAUUUUUGCCUUUUGAAGCUCAUACACAGUCUCACUGCCAGUCUCUGUCCCUGUAUCAUUUUUUUUAUUUCCUUACAUGUCGGUGUGUGAAAGAGAAACUAUUUAUUUAAUAUUUUUUCUAUAAAUGUUCCAUUUACCUAGAAUUUAUUAACAAACUGGAUGCGUUUCUUCUUUUUUAUGCAUCCUAAAAGGUUUUCACUUAAAAAGAAGCCACAACAAAUAUGAAGACGUUAAAAUAAAAUGGAAGUAUCCUUGCCACUAGUGCUUGCUUGGCCAGCUCUUUUGCUGACCUCACCCUGCUCUGCAUAGAUAUACAUAUAGAUACACACAUCUACACGCAGCUUCUUUUUCUAAAGGUUUUUCAUCUUGGUCCACUUAAUUUUAUAGCAGGAAUACCACACAUCCUUCAAGCAAAUGUGAACUACAAAACUCAGAUAUUUUAGGCAGUUCUGGGUCUUGUAGUUCAAAACAACGAGAGGAGGAGUGAGAAUAACAUCCUAAAGCUGGCCAUACACUGAAAGAUUCUCGUCAACCGAGUGGAUGUUUCCCCCCGAUAUACGCUAUAUACGACUUUGGCAAUAUCGGGCUGGCCAAAUUAUCAGAUUACAGCCACGGAAUUGCAGGCCGUCAGGGUGAAAAGCAUAUUGAUGAGUCUAUACUGUGCUUACCCCAACAAUGCCCAAUUGACAUCUGGACGAUUUUUGGGCAGAUAUCAGUUGGGCAGGCCCGUUGGAGGGCCCAUACACAGGCAGAUAAGCUGUCAACUAAGUUCGAAUGGGCUGAAUUGGCAUCUUAAAUCAUCCAGUGUAUAGCCAUCAUUAGUCUUUAGCAUAUACACACAUACAUGAGACCAAGUUGUGAUUUUAUUUGUAAGGGUUUACAAACAGAGUUCUGUGGGUUUGGCAUCAGAAAGUGAAGGCUUAUAUUGCACCCACAUUAUAAUCAUGCAUACUGUGGGGGAGAGGGCAGCCUCCUCCAUAUCCAUGAUUUAAGCAGUGUUAAAAGCUUGACAAUAAAUCUAACAGAUUUUUUUUUAUUAUUAUUGUAUUUAAUCAGGACCCCAAGGUAAAUAUUCUUACAAGCAAAGGGUCUGCAAAUUCCCCUUGUUAUGGAUUUUGUUUGUAUUUUAAGCCUGUGUUCUUCUAACGAUUGUAGAGUAUACUAAAAAAAAAAGUUAUUUAUUUAAUGACUUUUCUUUUAACUAAAGAGCUUUUCUUAUUUUAUUUUCAGUUUGUUUUUCUGUACCAAUUUAUGGGGAAAAAUAUUUUUAAAAUAAAUUCUUUUUGUCUGUUUCA